AUGUCUGGGAAACAAGGUGUGGAUAAGGAGGUCGCGCGAAAGUUAGAGGAAUUCAAUAAAACGGCUACUGAUGUUGCGAACGACAUCGUGUUUAAUGUCUUUCCAAAGAAAAUUCUAAACUUUCAACAACUCAUUGAUUCCACGUCAGAGCCUUCCUCCCCAUUUCACCCUUCUCAUGCAACAAAUUUCACGGAUGUCACCAUCUAUCCUCCUCCUGCGAUGGAGGAGCAUGAGCAGAAGAAGCGCAAGCUCAAUCCUGAUGCUAAUUUGAAUGGACCCUCGAGCUCAGGCCCAUCUAACGACGUCCGACACGCGAGAUAUCCAAAUCUAGUGCUUGCGAAUAAACACACUAUCAACCUGCAUGACAUUCUCAAGAAGGAGUGCGAGGAGUUGGCUGAGUCAUGCGAUAAAGUCAAAUUAUGGGUGAAUCUCUCAAUGCCGAAGAUCGAGGAUGGAGACAACUUUGGUGUACAGAUACAAGAAGAGGUCCUCACCGAGCUUCACCGUUCACAAGAGAGUGCAUAUAAUCUCCGUGAUGCUGCCCGCCAAGAUCACAUCAACCGGGCCAAACUGUGCUCCAAGAUGAUCAAGUACCCUCACAUAGAAGACUACGCUUUGGCACUUAAGGAGCACGACCAGAAGCAAAUCUACCUAGCGAGGCAAAACUUGUAUGACUUACGCAAUGUGUAUGCCAUCUUGACCGACAUUCUGCACAAGAACAUGGCGAAGAUCCGGUCGCCCAAGGGAAAUAACGCGACGGGACUGUAUUGA